AUGGGCUCGGUGCGGGCGGCCGACGUGGAGUCGGCGAUGAAGCGGCUGGGGGGCCGCGUGCGGCGCACGCCCGUGCUGACUUGCGGGUCCCUGCAGCGGCUGGCCGGCCGCAAGCUGCUCUUCAAGUGCGAGCUCUUCCAGCGCACCGGCUCCUUUAAGAUCCGCGGGGCGCUGAACGCGGUCAGGAUCCUCGUGGAGGACGCGGAGAAGGCAGGGCGGGAGCGGCCCCGCGCCGUAGUGACACACAGCAGCGGGAACCACGGGCAGGCGCUCGCCCGUGCGGCCCGGGAUGAAGGCAUUCCUGCCUACGUCGUGGUGCCCCGCACAGCCCCGCGCUGUAAGCAAGCUGCCAUCCGUGCCUAUGGGGCCACGCUCGUGCCGUGCGAGCCCAGCGAUGAGUCCAGAGCAGAGACAGCUGCACGCGUGGUCCAAGAGACAGGAGGAGUCAUGGUGCACCCCAACCAGGAGCCAGCCGUGAUCGCGGGGCAGGGAACUAUUGCCCUGGAGGUGCUAGAGCAGGCACCAGAGGUGAAUGCACUGGUGGUUCCUGUUGGGGGCGGAGGAAUGAUUGCAGGAAUAGCAGUAGCCAUCAAGGCGUUGAGACCAGAUGUGAAAGUGUUUGCUGCUGAACCCCGCAAUGCAGAUGACUGCUACCAGUCCAAGCUGAGAGGGGAACUGACCCCCAACCGCCACAACCCAGUCACCAUUGCUGAUGCAGUUAAAACCAGUAUUGGAGAAAACACGUGGCCCAUCAUUAGGGAUUUGGUCGACGAUGUUCUGACCGUCUCAGAGGAAGAAAUCAAGCGAGCCACACGGCUGGUGUGGGAAAAGAUGAAGCUGCUGAUUGAGCCAACAGCGGGUGUGGGAGUUGCAGCCGUGCUCUCAGAGCAGUUCCAGGCAGUCCCCCGGGAGGUGGAGAAUGUUUGCAUCGUGCUGUGUGGAGGAAACGUGGACCUGAGCUCCCUGACCUGGCUCACAGACCUCCCUGGGGACGGAGACUGAGAACAGAGCAGCGUAUCCAGUGGCAGGAACCUGGCUUUGAAUUUGUACGAUACUAAAAACCAGAUGAACAAAGCCAGAGGUUUGAAAGCUUCUGUGAAGGGGUAAGGAAAGAUGGAGGUGGUCUCUGCAGCCCAGAAUCACUUGGUUCCAAAGCAAAGGGUGACUACAGGGAGCCAGAAAGCAAAGCACAGCUGCUUCUCCCCUUCCCAGCCAUCCUGCUCUGGAACAGACCUUGAAGCAGACUGCACCCAGCCACUGCCCAGCUGCUGUUUCACCUUUCUCUGUCAUCAGCAACCUCCAACAAACUCCUGUCUGAUACUGCAAAAUCCUCUCACCCACUGCUGUGGCAGAGCAAGAAGACCAAAGUCCCAGCAAGCCAUAGGGCUCACAGAACAGCAGGGUGCUGACAGAUUCCCAUUUGGCCUCUACAGCUGGCCGCCACCACCAAGACUUAGAGACUUAAAUAUUUUUUGAAAAACAUUUCCAUUAAAAUAAAUUAAUCUAUCCUAAGCA